UCUCUAUAUAGAACUGUUUUAUGCAUGCAGGGGCCUCUUGGUGCUUUCUUAUCAACCAUGGCGAAGCAGCAAAACAAGGAUCCUGGGUUAAAGGAGAAGUUUAAGAGCCUCUUAGGUCUGGGACCAUCCCGGCCUAGUUCCAAAUCAUCAGAGGGCAAGCAAACAGAGUUUAUCAUCACUGCGGAAAUACUGAAGGAAUUGAGCGUAGAGUGUGGAUUAAAUAACCGGAUACGAGCGAUUGGUCAAAUCUGUGAAGUAGCAAAAACCAAAAAAUUUGAAGAGCAUGCGGUGGAAGCAAUAUGGAAAGUGGUAGCUGAUAUGCUGCAGCCAGAGCUACCAGCAGAAGCCAGGCAUGCUGUGCUUCACCUGCUGAAGGCCAUCAUUCAAGGACAGGGUGAGAGACUAGGGAUCCUCAGAGCACAUUUCUUUAAGGUUAUCAAGGAUUAUCCUUCUAACGAAGAUCUUCAUGAACGGCUUGCAGUGUUCAAGGCUCUCACGGAUAAUGGAAGAUCCAUAACUCACCUGGAGGAAGAAUUGGCUGAGUUUGUCCUGCAGUGGAUGGAUGUCGGGUUGUCUUCAGAAUUCCUUCUAGUUCUAGUGAACCUGGUCAAGUUCAACAGCUGUUACCUGGAAGAUUAUGUUGCUGAUAUGGUCCAUAUGAUCUGCCUAUUGUGCAUUCAGACAUCAUCAUCGGUUGACAUAGAGGUCUCCCUGCAGGUCCUAGAUGCUGUGGUUUGCUACAACUGCCUGCCCUCGGAGAGCCUCCCAGUAUUUAUCAUCACCUUGUGCCGCACCAUCAACGUUAAGGAGCUUUGUGAGCCAUGCUGGAAGCUUAUGCGCAAUCUCUUGGGAACCCAUUUGGGGCACAGUGCUAUAUACAACAUGUGCCGCAUCAUGGAAGACAGAGCCUACAUGAUGGAUGCAGCAUUACUGAGAGGAGCAGUGUUCUUUGUCGGAAUGGCUCUGUGGGGUGCACACAGACUGUAUUCUCUCAAGAACUCACCUACAUCAGUGCUGCCCUCAUUUCUCAAGGCCAUGACUUGUCCCAAUGCAGUUGUAUCGUAUGAGAUAGUCCUGUCCAUAACCAGAUUAAUCAAGAAGUAUGGGAAGGAGCUGCAGGCUGUCACUUGGGAUAUUCUUCUGGAUAUCGUUGAGCGAUUGCUCCAGCAGCUACAGGUAGGUAUUGAGUGAAAUCUUGAUAUACGUUAUAAAAACGUCUUGUAGGAAGUAUUUUGGUUUAUAAAAUGGUCUUAUUUUUUAAUACUGAAAAGCACUCUACAGCUUCUGCUUUGGAUGGGGGGUAGCGUGUACCCUGAAUCUUCUCUACUAAACUUAAUAACGUACAAAGCUCAGUCUAUUCACCCUGCCAAGGAUGGCUGGAUUCAUAACCUGAAGGUGUUAAUGGAGAGGUUCUUCAGGAAUGAGUGUCGUAGUGCAGUUCGGAUUAAAGUUCUGGAUGUCUUGUCUUUUGUCCUGAGCAUUAACAGACAGUUUUAUGAGGAGGAGCUGAUUAACGUGGUGGUGAUCUCACAGCUCGCACAUAUUCCAGAAGAUAAAGACCACCAAGUCCGGAAACUGGCCACUCAGCUAUUGGUGGACCUGGCUGAGGGCUGCAACACACAUCACUUUAACAGCUUGCUUGAUAUCAUAGAAAAGGUGGCUGCACGUUCUCUUUGGGCUCCUGUUGAUCUGGAGGAGAGAGACUUUCUGUCUCAUUCUGCUGCUUUAGAGGAUGUGAAGACAGCUGUUCUAGGCCUCCUGGUAAUUCUCCAGACAAAGCUGUACAGCUUGCCUGCCAGCCAUGCCACUCGGGUGUAUGAAAUGCUUAUUAAUCACAUCGAGCUCCACUAUAAGAAUGUGUACUGCCUCCCGAUUGCUAGCAGCAUCAGGUUGCAGGCAUUUGACUUUCUGCUGAUGCUUCGAGCGGACUCCCUCCACCGUCUUGGCCUGACCAACAAGGAUGGAGCAGUGAGAUUUAGCCCCUACUGCCUCUGUGACUUGGUAGAACCAGAGAAAAGGGUGUCUGAAAAAAAACCUACUGGGACCCUCUCACCUCCAUCAGGAAGCCCCAGUGUUUCCUCCCAGAAUGCCACUCUUCGGAUGGGCUACUUGCCCUACUCAUUGCUCUUCCGAGUCCUUCUGCAGUGUUUGAAGCAAGAGACAGACUGGAAGGUGUUGAAACUGGUUCUCAACAAGUUACCAGAGUCUCUCCGCUACAAAGUGCUGUUUUUAACCUCCCCUUGCAACCUUGACCAGCUGUGCUCUGCACUCUGCUCCAUGCUUACAGACAAAAAGACAGCUGAGAGGUUGCGUGGCACUCCCGACGGGUUCUCCCGCAAUGACUUGCACCUGGCUGUGGUUCCAGUGUUGACUGCAUUGAUCUCUUACCAUAAUUACCUGGACAAAGCUAAACAGCGUGAAAUGGUUUAUUGCCUGGAACAUGGCUUAAUUUAUCGCUGUGCAAACCAGUGCGUUGUGGCUUUAUCAGUAUGCAGCGUUGAGAUGCCUGACAUCAUCAUAAAGGCACUCCCAGUCUUGAUAGUCAAGUUAACCCACAUUUCUGCUACAGCAAACAUGGCAAUACCUCUCUUAGAAUUUCUUUCAACUCUAGCCAGGCUGCCUCACCUCUAUAGGAACUUUGCAGCUGAGCAGUAUGCGAGCGUGUUUGCCAUCUCUCUGCCAUACACAAAUCCCUCCAAGUUUAACCAGUACAUCGUGUGCCUGGCACACCAUGUGAUCGCUAUGUGGUUCAUCCGAUGUCGCCUGCCCUUCCGGAAAGACUUUGUUCCCUACAUUACAAAGGGCUUGCGGUCAAAUGUCCUCCUCUCAUUUGAUGACACCCCUGAGAAGGACAGUUUCAGGGGUCGCAGUACAAGUCUGAACGAGAGGCCGAAAAGGAUACAGACAUCCAUCACUAGUUCAAGCCUGGGCUCUGCAGAUGAGAAUUCGAUGGCUCAGGCAGAUGACAACUUGAAAAACCUCCACUUGGAACUCACAGAGACCUGUCUGGAUAUGAUGGCCCGAUAUGUCUUUUCAAAUUUCACUGCGGUGCCCAAGAGGUCUCCUGUGGGAGAGUUUCUCUUGGCUGGAGGAAGGACGAAGACGUGGCUGGUUGGUAAUAAGCUAGUGACUAUCACGACGAGUGUUGGAACAGGAACACGGUCACUGUUGGGCCUUGACUCUGGAGAGCUCCAGACCAGUACAGAGUCAAGUCCAGACCCUGUUUUGCAAGUGAGACAAACUAAAGAAGCUCCAGCAAAGCUGGAAUCUCAAGCUGGCCAGCAGGUGUGCAGAGGAUCUCGCAACAGAGUCAGGUCAAUGUCUGGUGGUCAUGCCUUGCGUGUUGGUGCUUUAGACAGCUCAGCCCCCCAGGGGUUACGGAGUCCUGCUGCUUCUGCACCUCGAACAGAGAAGGCCACUCCUGGUGCCCACGCUCCUCUACAGAAAGAAAAAACAAACCUGGCAGCAUAUGUCCCACUGCUGACACAGGGCUGGGCAGAAAUAUUAGUCCGGAGGCCCACAGGUAACACAAGCUGGUUAAUGAGCCUGGAGAACCCGCUCAGCCCCUUCUCAUCAGAUAUAAACAACAUGCCACUGCAGGAGCUAUCCAACGCGCUCAUGGCUGCAGAGCGCUUUAAGGAGCACAGAGAGACGGCUUUGUACAAGUCCCUCUCAGUCCCUUCCUCCAGCUUGGCCACCGGCACAUCCAAACCAUCCCUUCUGCAGCGUUCCAAUACAGAAUCGGCAGUAGUUCUGGAAGAGGGGAGCCAGUUGGAAGUGGAUUUAAAAGAAACCGAUUCCCUGAUGUCUCAGGAGUUUGAAGACUUUAAGGCUGUGUGCUCUGAGCAAGCCAUGGCUCAGGAGAAGUUCAGCAAACCACACAAUGCUUACAGCAGGUCCUCUUCAACGUCUAGUCAAGAAGAGAAAUCUCUGAAAUCCAACGAACUGGUGGCCGGCGGAAUUCCUAUCGGCAGGGUUGUCCCUUCAGAGGAUGGCAGAACUCUGGAAGAGCUCUCUUUCCAACCUUCCCAGCCACUCAGCAAAUCCAGCUCUUCUCCUGAGCUUCAGACGCUGCAGGAAGUCCUCAAAGACACGAACGCUAAAGAAGCAACUGGAAGGCUGAGCACGGAACUGAAAUCGAAAUCUCAGUCUGGGAACCUUGAAGGAGAAGGGGCCAGUAGCUGGCUGAGCCGAGGGGAUGACGCUGGAAUAACUGGCACAGACAGACUGGAUUGUAACGUCCCUUCUUCCUCUCCCCGCUCACCCAGCGGCCACCGUCCUAGAGGGUACACCAUCUCGGAUUCAGCCCCUUCGCGGAGGGGCAAAAGGAUAGAGAGAGAUGCCUUUAAGAGCAGGACAGCAGCCUCCAAUGCCGAGAAAGUACCUGGAAUAAAUCCAAGCUUUGUGUUUUUACAGUUAUACCACUCCCCGUUCUUUGGAGAUGAAUCCAACAAGCCCCUUUUGUUGCCAAAUGAGACAUUUGAAAGCUCGGUGCAGCUCCUAGAUCAAAUUCCUUCCUAUGAUACCCACAAGAUUGCUGUGCUCUAUGUAGGAGAAGGACAGAGCAACAAUGAGAUCGCUAUUCUGUCGAAUGAACAUGGCUCCUAUAGAUAUACGGAGUUUCUGACUGGCUUAGGGAAGCUCAUUGAACUCAAAGAUUGUCAGCCUGAUAAAAUUUACCUUGGUGGUCUGGACGUGUGUGGGGAGGAUGGUCAGUUUACCUACUGCUGGCAUGAUGACAUUAUGCAAGCCAUUUUUCACAUUGCAACUUUGAUGCCCACGAAGGAUUUGGAUAAAUAUCGCUGCGACAAGAAGAGGCACCUUGGGAAUGACUUUGUUUCCAUAGUUUAUAACGAUUCUGGUGAAGACUUUAAAUUGGGAACGAUCAAGGGCCAGUUCAACUUUGUGCAUGUUAUAAUCACACCGCUUGACUAUGACUGUAACCUGGUGACGUUACAGUGUCGGAAAGACAUGGAAGGGCUGGUGGACACAAGUGUUGCUAAGAUUGUCUCGGAUAAGAACCUGCCGUUUGUAGCCCGCCAGAUGGCCCUGCAUGCCAAUAUGGCUUCCCAGGUUCACCAUAGCAGAUCGAAUCCUACAGAUACUUACCCAUCAAAAUGGAUAGCGAGGCUACGUCAUAUCAAGAGGCUCAGGCACCGGAUCCGAGAGGAAACCCAGUACCAGACACCUGGCUUCCCCCUGAUGCAAAUGCACCCUUCUGCUCUUACCAAACCCCCUCCCCAGGUACCACAGGAUCCAGCAUCAACCUAUGAAACUGGGCAGAGAAAGAGGCUGAUCUCCUCAGUGGAUGACUUCACAGAAUUUGUGUAAAUCUCCAUGUGAUCAGUGUCUUCCCUCUGGCAUGCGGCAAGGGGGGAAGGGGAGUGAACGCUCUUGACCCUGCACACUAAUUCAGCACUGUCACAGGGAGACAACAGGGACUUGGCAACCUCAGUGUGACUGUUACCUUCAUGUGAACUAGUUCCUGGACCACCAUGUGACUGAUAGACAUCGUCGUCUUGACUUUGAGUCGCCCACCAUCAUGAAAGGAGGAUUUUCUACCCUAGCUGGAGAAUCCCAGAGUGGACUGAGCCUAUAAAUUUGGUCUUUAUUUGGCUAGAGACAUGAAGUGAAGUCUAAAGGUAUCCAUCUCUGCUAGCACCUUUCUUGCAAAAUUUAAGCAUUUCUCUAAGCAGGAGCAGGCAAAGCAGUAAGCCAGGAUACUGUUCCGCACUCAUCACCUGGUGGGACGAUGCAGAAGCAAAUGGUGUUUUAACCCAACCAAAUGAAAGCUUCAGUCACAGUCUCUGGACACUUGGGAUCUCCAUUUCCUCUACAUGGGUGGAAAAGCUCUAUUAGCAUUCAUGAGAGCUGCAUGCACUUUCAGACUAGUUCUUAACACCAGCUCUAAUUAUAGGGAUGUCCACUAGCUUCACAAGUUACCUGUAAAAACUGCAGCUGCCUUUAUUUCCCAGGAGAUGUCCUUGCUUGAUGACAUCUCCAUGCGUCUCCCACUCCAGUGAAAUUGUUCUCUCAGACCUUAAUGAUAUAUGCAGGGAGAUGUCUGCAGGUCAGUGGAGAGGCAGAAUGGUAAUCAAAGCUGGUAUGGAAAUCGCUGACCAUGAAUAAACUGGCUUGUAACGAAGACUCCAUUAAACCCAGGAUUUCAAAGACAAUUUGGACCAGUUUUAGAGAUUAUGAGCAAAGGAUUUAGCUAGAGGCCCAGCCUUGCUUCUAGUGCAGUCAAUGGCAAAGCUUCCUUUGACUCCAAGGGCAGAAGGAUGGUCCCCAAGAAUGUGGCCAGGAUGCUGGGAAGUAACUUGACCCGCUUGUGCGUAUUCACACACUGCUGAAAAGCACUCUUCAGAGAAGUGAGUGGACCUAAGUAGAUAGCCCAGUGGGUGACCAGGGUGCACUUGACUGGUCUUUAACCUGUUCUGUAAUGUGGCCUUGCCAGAAAUCUUUCCUCAAAUGCAAAAUUUCCUCUUCUCUUUUAAAUGACCCUUGGCUCUGGUUGGUGGCAGCAUCGCCGUAUUGGACUUGUCAUAUGGUGACGGUCCCACCUUUGGAAGCCAGCAGUUUGGAUUGUAUGUAAAGGGUCCUUUUAAUGCAGGUGUGUGCCAGGCCUUUCAGAAGUAGCAUGUCUUGUGGUGAAAGAUAACGGGACACUACACUACCAUAAUGGGAGAAGCUAUGUAAGCUGGAACGUACUGUGACUACUUUAUAGUGUGCUCUUGUCGCUCCUCAAUGACUGCUGUUCUCAUCAAAACGAGUGACGAGCUCUUAAUUCGCUAAACAAGAUGAUAAACUCAGUGACUGGAUAACAGUAGUUUGUAGUGACUGGGUAACUUCUGAGUAAUUUGAAUGGAAUUGAAGGCAAAGCAAUCAAAAGCUGGAAUUCUUUGGGAGACUUUUUGGAGGGAGGGAAAGGGGAGCUACUGAACAAUGGAGGACUGUCCAUUAACUCAUGUGUACGUCCUGUUUUGAGUGUUUAUGAAUUGUAAAUGAAAUAAAAGUAUUUGUAUGGUUACUGGGUU